CUGCCCGCCCCUAAGAUGGCGGUGGCGGCGCUUCCGGUGGCGCGCGCAGGCGCAGGCGCGGCUUCCGGUGGCAAGAUGGCGGCGGCGGCGGAGGAAGAGGAAGGGGCCCCCGGCGGCGAUGGCGGCUCUGGGCGUCUGUCGGAGCUGCUGGAGUCCGGGUGGCGGCUGCUGGAGGAGGCCGAGGCCGAGGGCGGCAGGGUGGAGGCCCAGCGGAAGGUCCAGCGCGGGAUCGCCCUCCUGGAGCGCACCGCACGCGCCGUGGCCGAGCUCCAGCUCUUCAGCGGGAACGAGGAGCUGGAGGAGCUUCCGUCGGCUGACCUGCGCUUCCUGCCGGUGCCGGCGCUGCUGGCCGCCCUGGUGCUGAAGCAGGAGAGCCCUUCCCGGCGCCUGGAGCACCUCCGCCGGGCCCGCGCCCUCUUCCUGCGCUUCCUCCGCCUCUGCCGGGACUACGGCCUCCUUCCCCAGGGACAGAUGCCCCCCGAGAGAGACUCCGAGGAGGACUCCGAGGAGCCCCAGGAAGAAGAAGAAGAAGACCCGCUGGAGCCCUCCGCCAGCAGCAGCAAUGCCCCCCGCCGCCGCCCGCCCGCCUCCGACCAGGCCGCCUUCCUGGCCAUGGCAGCCUCCAGGCGGGCCAAGAUCGAAAGGUACAAGCAGAAGAAGGAGCUGGAGAGCCGGCUGGCCGCCCUGAGGCUGCUGGUGGAGGCCGGCCGGGCCGAGGAGGAGCAGCUGCGGGAGUACUACCUGCUCCAGAUCAAGAAGUGGAUCGGGAUCAGCCUGGAGGAGCUGGAGAGCCUGGACCGGGAGCGGGCCAUCCUGGCCCGGAGGGACGCCCUGAAGCAGGGUUCAGCCACGGAAUCCCCCACUCAGCCUCCCAGGCCUCCAAUGAAGCCCUUCAUCCUCACCCGGGAUGCUGCCCAGGCAAAGGUGUUUGGGGCCGGGUACCCCAGCUUGGCAACUAUGACGGUGGAUGACUGGUAUGAGCAACACCGAAAGCACGGAGGCUUGCCAGAUCAGGGGAUUUCACAAAGAUCCUCAGGCAUUACUGAAGAGCAACAGGAGGAGGCAGAAGGGGAAAAAGAGGAGGAAGGAGAUGAAGCAGUGCAGAAAGCCCGCCAGUGGGACGAGUGGAAGGACUCGCACCCGAGGGGCUACGGCAACCGGAAGAAUAUGGGCUGAUGGGGGCCCUGGGGAUGAGCUGGCAGCCCAGCAUCAUGCAAAGGACUGAGCCCCCCGUUCCAUGGCUCCCUCUCUGGGGGGGACACUGCCAGGGUGGGCUUCUGUGGCAGAAGCGGCAGGUGCCAGGCGCAGGGAGGACAAGGUCUCCUGCAUCUCCUCCUCCUCCUAAUGUGCUCCUUGAUAAGCUGGAUGCCUUUCCCUCUGGAAGCACUUUUGGCUGAUGUAACUUAUUGUUUUGUUAUUUAAAAAGCAAAGUAAAAUGCCUUGAUCUGUUCAUUGCA